GCCACACCACCACACCACACCACCCCGCCCGCGUGCGUCACCUCAUCCCCCUCUGGUUCUUUGCUGCUGCUGCUCCCUCCCGUGGUCCCAUGGCGGCCUCAUCUGCAGUCAGGAGCCCCAGCACCGCCGCCAGGGCUGCUGCGAUUCCGCUCCCCUCCCGCGCGGCGGUGCGUGUGGCGGCGCCCGCGUCCGCCCCUCCGCGGAGGGGCGCCGUGGCCGCGGCGGGAAUGCAGCCGGCGAAGGCGGUGGCCGCUGAGGUGGAGAGGGGGAGCGGCCCCGAGGCCGGCGGGCUGGCGAGGCCCGACGCGAUGGGGAGGUUCGGCAAGUUCGGGGGCAAGUACGUGCCCGAGACGCUGAUGCACGCGCUCACCGAGCUCGAGGCCGCGUUCCACGCGCUCGCCGCCGACGGCGAGUUCCAGAAAGAACUUGGCAGUAUUCUCAAGGAUUAUGUCGGCCGUGAGACCCCACUGUACUUCGCGGAACGCCUGACGGAGCACUACAAGCGCGCUGAUGGCACAGGCCCGCUGAUUUACCUGAAGAGGGAGGAUCUUAACCAUACUGGUGCCCACAAGAUCAACAACGCCGUGGCACAGGCUUUGCUCGCCAAGCGGCUGGGGAAGCAGCGCAUCAUUGCUGAGACUGGGGCUGGCCAGCAUGGUGUUGCCACAGCCACGGUGUGCGCCCGUUUUGGGCUACAGUGCAUCAUCUACAUGGGCGCGCAAGAUAUGGAGAGGCAGGCGCUUAAUGUUUUCCGGAUGAGGCUUCUUGGAGCAGAGGUCAGGGCAGUGCAUUCUGGGACAGCAACCUUGAAGGAUGCAACCUCGGAGGCUAUCCGCGACUGGGUCACUAAUGUAGAGGAUACACACUACAUCUUGGGCUCAGUUGCUGGUCCUCACCCAUACCCAAUGAUGGUGAGGGAGUUCCAUAAGAUUAUUGGCGAGGAGACCCGGAGACAGGCAAUGGACAAGUGGGGUGGCAAGCCUGAUGUGUUGGUUGCUUGCGUUGGCGGUGGAUCAAACGCCAUGGGUCUGUUCCACGAGUUCGUUGAUGAUCAAGAUAUCAGGCUGAUUGGAGUGGAGGCUGCUGGUCAUGGUGUAGACACUGACAAGCAUGCAGCGACUUUGACAAAGGGUGAGGUGGGAGUUCUCCAUGGGUCCUUGAGUUAUUUGCUGCAGGAUGACGAUGGACAAGUUAUUGAACCCCACUCCAUCAGUGCUGGGCUGGACUACCCUGGUGUUGGACCCGAGCACAGUUUUUUGAAGGAUAUUGGACGUGCUGAAUAUGACAGUGUGACAGAUCAGGAGGCACUGGAUGCUUUCAAGCGUGUGUCUCGGCUGGAGGGCAUCAUCCCUGCCCUGGAGACCUCCCACGCGCUCGCCUACCUGGAGAAGCUCUGCCCAACCCUGCCAGACGGCGUGAGGGUGGUGGUGAACUGCAGUGGCAGAGGAGACAAGGAUGUGCACACUGCCAGCAAGUACCUUGAUGUCUAAACAUCAGAGAGGCUAAAUAACAGCUUCUCUAUCAGCAAGUUUUGAGAAGGCACAACAAUAAUGUAGCGUUGUUCGUUUGGAUGAAGCAUAAAUAAUCCUUGGAAGCUGGCAUUAGCUUGUAGUGUAUUUGUUUGUUGUCUUGUACUAUCUCAAUGAUAUUGAAGUGGGUGAUUAAAUAAACGCCAAGCUUUCUCCCU